CGGGAUUCUGCGUCAUGACCUGGGCGGGGCACGCCGCUGUGACGCCAUCUCCCCGGCACCUGCCAACAUGGAAGGUGUCGACGGCGGCCUCGCUCUGCCUGGCCGUCCGGCUCUGGGCUCUGGGGCGGCUGCAGCGACUGUCCGGGAGCUCCUGCAGGACGAGUGUUAUAGUGAUUUUUUAAAUGAAGACUUUGAUGUAAAGACUUAUACUUCUCGAUCUAUUCAUCAAGCUGUAAUUGCUGAACAGCUAGCAAAACUUGCCCAAGGAAUCAGUCAGUUGGAUAAAGAACUGCACUUACAGGUUGUUGCAAGACAUGAAGAUUUAUUGGCACAAGCAACUGGGAUUGAGUCUUUGGAAGGUGUCCUUCAGAUGAUGCAGACAAGAAUUGGGGCUUUACAGGGAGCUGUUGAUAGGAUGAAAUCAAAAAUUGUUGAGCCAUACAAUAAAAUAGUAGCCCGUACUGCUCAACUAGCAAGACUUCAGGUUGCCUGUGAUUUGCUUCGGAGAAUCAUUCGCAUCUUGUAUCUCAGUAAGAGACUCCAGGGACAACUGCAGGGGGGAAGUAGAGAGAUAACAAAAGCUGCUCAGAGUCUCAGUGAGCUUGAUUAUCUUUCUCAAGGAAUAGAUCUUGCUGGAAUAGAAGUAAUAGAAAAUGAUCUACUUUUUGUUGCGAGAGCUCGACUUGAAGUGGAAAAUCAAGCUAAGCGCCUCCUGGAGCAGGGUGUGGAGACUCAGAAUCCAACCCAGGUCGGAACAGCUCUUCAGGUUUUCCAUAAUCUUGGAACGUUGAAGGAUACUAUUACCAGUGUCAUGGAUGGAUAUUGUGCUGCUAUAGAAGAAAAUAUCCACAGUGCAUUAGACAUCAAAGUUUUGACUCAGCCUUCCCAGUCAGCUGUGAGAGGGGCACCUGGACGAUCUACCAUGCCAGCCCCAGGAAACACUGCAGCGUUUCGUGCUUCCCUUUGGACCAAUAUGGAGAAACUUGUGGAUCAUAUUUUUACUGUUUGUGGCCAGGUACAACAUCUGCAAAAAAUAUUAGUCAAGAAGAGAGACCCUGUCUCUCACAUUUGUUUCAUUGAAGAAAUAGUUAAGGAUGGACACGCUGAAAUUUUAUACACAUUUUGGAAUUCAGUUACUCAAGCACUUUCUUCUCAGUUUCAGACAGCAACAAACUCUUCUAUGUUUUUGAAACAGGCAUUUGAAGGAGAAUACCCUAAAUUAUUGCGUCUUUAUAAUGACUUAUGGAAGCGUCUUCAACAAUACGGCCAAAGUAUUCAAGGAAAUUUUAAUUCAGGUGGAACUGCAGACCUCUAUGCUGACUUACAACACAUGGAAGAUGAUACACAAGACAUAUUCAUACCAAAGAAGCCAGAUUAUGAUCCAGGAAAGGCUUUGAAAGACUCACUACAACCCUAUGAGGCUGCUUAUCUAUCAAAAUCCUUAUCUCGACUCUUUGAUCCGAUCAACUUGGUUUUUCCCCCUGGCGGUCGUAAUCCUCCUUCUGCCGAUGAACUUGAAGGUAUCAUUAAAACUAUAGCAAGUGAACUAAAUGUAGCUGCUGUUGAUGCAGACCUCACAUUAGCUGUGUCAAAAAACGUGGCAAAGACCAUCCAGUUGUAUGGUGUAAAAUCAGAGCAGCUG